CUCACACCCACCCGUCUCCACGAGGGUUUAAUCCCCUGGCGCUCUCCUUUCCUGCAGUUUACUGCACAGGACUUUGACUUCUUUCAGUCUGUAGAAAAACUCCAGCAAACAGCAGGACGCCUCCAUCAUGUCCAUGUUCACCCACAUGUUGGCGAUCCUCUUUGGGAUGGGCUCCUGGGUCUCAAUCAACGGUCUUUGGGUGGAGCUGCCUCUCAUUGUCCCUCAGAUCCCAGAGGGAUGGUACCUACCCUCUUACCUCUCAGUCCUCAUCCAGAUGGCCAACGUUGGGCCUCUUUUCGUCACCCUGAUGCACCGCUUCCGGCCAGGCGCCCUCAACGAGACGUUUGUCAUAUACGUGAUCAUCAUCCUGGGCACAGUGGCCAGUUUCCUGCUGGGUUUCUUCUGGAAAGAGACGGUGCUGGUAGCAGGUGUUCCCCGCAGUUUGGCUCUCCUGGUUUUGACCUUCUUCCUUGCUGCUGUUGACUGCAUCUCCUCCGUUACCUUCCUGCCCUUCAUGAUGCGCCUCCAGCCUCAGUAUCUGACCACAUAUUUCAUCGGUGAGGGUGUGAGCGGCCUUCUGCCGGCUCUGGUGGCUCUGAUCCAGGGUGUUGGGGUUGUGCACUGCAUCAACACCACACAGUCAAUGAACCACACCAUCAACACCUCCAAUAGUGCAGGAAACUACGAUCUGCAGGCUCAGUACCAGCCUUCCAAUUUCUCAGCUGAGGUGUUCUUCUUCUUCCUUAGCGCCAUGAUGCUGGUGUGCCUGGUAGCUUUCCUGCUGCUGAACCACCACCCCGCUGUCGUCAGGGAGCAUCCCAACCCACGCUACACCAACGGGACAAAUGAGAACUCUCAGAGCAGGAGGACAUGGGCUGAGCAGAGGCCCAUGAUGGAUCCGUUCAGGCAUCAGAACCACAAGAGCAGAAACAGCUUUGGGACCGGCUCUUACAGCUGGAUGCAGGUGGUUUAUAUCUUUGUGAUUCUGGCCUGGGUGAACGCUCUGAGCAACACGGUCCUUCCGUCGGUCCAGUCCUACUCCUGCCUGCCGUACGGAAACAACGCCUACCACCUGUCGGCCACGCUGGCCGCUGUGUCCAACCCGCUGGCCUGCUUCAUCGCCAUCUUUGUCUCCAUCAGGUCGUUGGUGUUCUUGGGCUUCCUGACGGUUCUGGGAACUGGAAUUGGAUCAUAUAUAAUGUUGAUGGCAGCGCUGAGUCCCUGCCCCCUGCUGGCUGAAGACACUUCAGGUGCUGCUGUCAUGGUGCUGGCCUGGAUCUUCUUCAUUCUCUCUCUGUCCUACGUGAAGGUCAUCAUCGGGGUGAUCCUGCGAGACGAAGGCCACAGCGCCCUCGUAUGGUGUGGAGCUGUGGUGCAGUUAGGCUCCCUGCUGGGAGCCGUCACCAUGUUCCCUCUGGUCAGUGUGUACAGCCUGUUUUCAUCAGGAGAUCCGUGCAACACCAGCUGCCCCUGAGUGGACACGUUCUUGGUUUACAAGGUUUCUCUAUUGCUGCUUCUCACUGUGAUUCCUGCACUCCAACAUCUGAUCCAUUUCAGUCCUUCUGAAUUAGCAGGUUUUUACUGAAGAAGUUUGAAUGUAGGAGUUAUAUCAGAAGAAAGGGACAGGUUCAUCUGAGUUCUACCACAGUGGUGUCCCAAGGUUUGGGCCUCUUUAAAUCACCUGAUUUCUAACGGGUAGAUCUGCGUCUCAUGUUUAUUCCUAAGGCCAAUUAGACAAAGAGAUAACGAGGACACAGUCUAAACCAGUGUUUUUCAACCCUGGCCCUCAAGGCACACUGACCUGCAUGUUUUAGAUGUUUCCCUGCUCUAUCACACCUGAUGUAGAAGAUUGCACUUCAGCAAAAGCCUGGUAAUCAGCCAUUAAUUGAAUUCAGGUGUGCUGAAGCAGGGAACCAUCUAAAGCAUGCAAGGCAGUGUGCCUUGAGGGCCAGGGUUGAAAACCACUGGUCUAAACCACCUUUGAACUGGUUUUACUCAUUCAGUCAUGAUAAAAAGAAAGUACACCUGCCCCCUUGUUUAUGCAGGUCCCCUCUUCUCUCCAGCAUGUCUUCCCUUCACAGAAGGUUUGCAGACAUUUAUUUCUCCACAGCUCUCAGAAUGUUCCACUGCAGUAUUUCAAUCAGACUGGGGUUUGUACUUUGACUAGGCCAUUGGAGUACAGUUUGCACCCUGCUUUAGCAAUUGGACAGAUACUUUGAUAUACAGAGGAGGUCAUGGUCCACUCAGGUCCUGGAGCUGCAAAACAAGCCUAAAUCAUCAAUUUCUUCCACCCUCGUGCUUGACAGUUGGUAUGAGAUGUUUCUACUGCUCUGCUGAAAUUGAUGCUGUGCAUUACAGUAAAACAUCUCCACUUUGGUCUAAUAUGUCCCGAAGACAUUGUUCUUUAUUCAGAAGCAGUUUGCAAACCCUUGUUGCCAUAGUGAUCUAAGAGAGACGAUGUGCUCUGAGAAUAGGCUUCGACCUGUGUUUUCCAAUCAGGUUCUUUCGUUAUCGUAUUCUGAACCAGAUUCAAAUAUUAUUUCUUUGUAAAUCCGCUAAUAGUUUACUUAGAGUAACAUACUUUUCAAUAUUACUGUAUUUUGAUCACUUGUGGUGCAGAUUGUUUCUGUCAGUCAGGGAAAACAAACGCAGUCAAAUAGACUGAAAGAUGGACAGAAAACUUCAGAUCAGUUAUGAAAGGUAUUCAAAUAAGUCCGGAUGAUGUUUAAACGUCAAACAUUAUUGUUUAUUCACUCACUGGACUGUUUUUGUGAUAAAACAUCUGCACAUUUUUCAUAUUUUUGUUUCUCAUUUCAUUUAUUUUAAUCACAUUGCUUUAUGAUAUAUGCUGAACAAAAUAAAAACGCUCCAAGAUUU